GAAGGUUUUAAUAAAUUCUAUUUGGGCCGCGCUAGUUUUUUCAAUUAGUUUAACCGUUUCGGUUUAGUGUGUGUUGAAUGAUCUUUGGUUUAUUUGUGCGUCGCGUUUUCGUUCAAACAUUUUCAAGUAAACGCAAUGUAAACUUGACCGGUCUUUCGAAAAACUGUGACUAAUUAAUAUGAAGUGAGGUGGUGAGCUAUUUUCAAAUUAUGAGCGCCUACAGAAACUACGUGCCUUGGAACAAAUCGCCGAAUUCCUCCACGAGUUUUACUAGCAAAAAAGAAGCUACAAAAUAUGAUUCGAGCUUUGGCAAGAAGAAAGAUGAAGAAAAGAGUGCGAGUGCUAGGAUUGCUUCGAAAUAUGGCGCCUAUGGCUCAGGCUACCAGCGAGACAGCAGUGCUUCAGGAAGCAGCUACUCGAGUCGGCUUAAGCCGACCCUGGAAAAGAAAGAUACGAACCACCCUCCUGUCUCUUAUAGGGCUUUAGCCCGGACAACGCCCCGAUCACGUGACCCUAGCCCUGACAAAAGUUCAUCUUCUUCGAGCUAUAACUAUAAUCGGCUUUACCCCACUAGGCCCUAUACCAGGUCCGUGAGCCGGGAAUUGGACACUUCCACCACUAUACCGAAAUAUUCCGGAAGAUCUUCUCUAAGUAAAGAUGAUGUAACAAGUCGGCGUUCUUCCGUAAGCCGGGAAGAUAUACCAAAAUACACUGGACGUUCUUCAAUCGUUAAAGAUGAAAUUGUACCAAAAUAUGGCGGGAGGUCUUCAAUUAGUAAAGAAGAUCUUGUCCCAAAAUACACAGGACGGUCUUCGCUCACUAAAGAUGACUUGUCAAGGUAUAAACCAUCAAGUCGGGCCACUUCCCGGGAAGAUUUAUCUUCAGGAUCUCAGAAAUAUAUCACAAGUCGUUUUCUUCCGAAGAAUUCAGUUGAGAAGAGUUACACUGCUUACACUAGGCCGUCUGCGAUCCGAUCUCAUGAAACCAUCCGGAAAAAUCGGGAGUUACUCAAUGUCUUGCAUGCCCAACAAGAACAAAGUCGGCCUACAAGUCGCUGUUCUUCAAUCACACCUGAUGAUUAUGGUGUCAAAACCCCCCCACCUCUSCCCGAAGAAACAGAAACUGUCUCAACCGUAACUAGAGCUACUUCUCCUACUCCCACCACCACCAACAUUKCUCGCUCUCGACGAAACGAAAUAGCCAAAACUGUAGAAAAACAAAUAACUCGAGUCAAAAACCGGCCAAAAACCGAUAAAGAAGUCCAAUCAGAUCGCCUGGAUGACACUAGCAAAAACUCAAGGUUUUUAGRAGCGUCGCGUAUGGUAGCGGCUCCUUGGAGUUCGUUUCUUGAUAUGAAAUUUUCAAGUCCCAAUGAUAAGAAAAAAGGGGAUCGAAGUCCGAAAAGUGUUUCAAGGACUAGUUCGAACAAGAGUUUGGAGAAGAAAUCACCCCCAAAGAAAGUUUCCCCAACCAAGCAACUCCUCCCACCACAAAUCCCCAAAAGUGACACGAAAUCGUUACAUUCCAUUAGUACUGCUAAUAAGGAUUUCAGAAAGUCGGUGCUGAAUAUGAACCCUGAAGGGGGGAAGAAGAAAGUUGGGAGGAGGAGUAACUCGGCGAGUUCUGCCGAAUCUGAGCCGGAAGUCCAGGCUUCGGAAGCGACUGAUGUGUCAGAGAACUUGACAAGUUGUCCGUCUUAUCACCAAAGUAACUCUUCGAGUUCCAAGUUACCCCAAAGGAUUGAUAAAGGGUCUCAAAGGAGUCGAAGAUCGCCGAGUUCUGAUGGUAGUACCUCAUCUUCGUCUGCUAGUGAAGAGGAGAAGAAAAACGAUUUAAAGGUUACGUCUUCAAGGACUUCAAUGGCGGUGUCUUCAGCUGAUGAGUCCCCAAAACCGCCACCAAGCCCAAGACUCAAGUCGGAAGCUGAAGCCAAGUCGUUUUUAAUGAGGGCUUUGGCCCCAGUUACGAGUCUUUUCAAGACAAAAUAUCAAGGGUCUAGUGACAAAAUCAAUUGGAUGGACUCAACCCCCAGCGACAGCCCUCCGAGCACGCCAAAAACUGACCAAAAACCCGCGAAAAACUUCAAAAGGAUCGAAUCUGGUGAACGUGCUUGGUGGUUAGACGACACCACGGCUUCCUCCUCCCUUCCCCGAGACUCCGAAAAGAGUCAAACUAAACCCAAACCUUUUUUGCGCAAUGUCGAAUCCGGGGAAAUCCCUUGGUGGCUCGACAAAAACGCUGAGGUUCCUGAGGGAGUCCAAACGUAUCCUGAGGAGUCCUCUCAGAAAAUCUUCCGGUUGGGUAGUACCGAUACUGAGCCUAGUAGCAACAUAAUGGAUGCGGAGUACCAAGAGCGUCACAAAAUCAGACAUAUCGACUCAGGAGAGCGUUCAUGGUGGCUCAGUAGCGCUGAGAACAUUCCCGAAAUGGUCCAAGCUCAGGAGAAGAGCGAGAAACCGAAGUACGCGAUCAGACAUCAGGAGUCGGGGGAGAAAGCUUGGUGGUUGCAGUCGAAUUCACACUCACAUGAGCAGGAGUUUGAUCAGACUCAGGCCCCUUUAGGAGAUAGGGCAAGUCCUGAGGGGUUGGAGAUGCCAAAGGAGGAUGAGGGGAGACUGAGCCCGUAUGAUAAUGUGCCAGUGAGGGAAAAGGGAAGGAAAAAAGCGAAUUUGUUUAUCUCAAAACAUAGGAAUAUUGAUGAAAUUUUGGGGGGGUGUGGACCAAUGUGGAUUUUUGAUUAUCAGAGAGAAGAAAAGGAGGAGAAGUGUAUGGAAGUGGAUGCCAAGGAGGUUAGGAUUCAUGACAGUACGGCCCAGAGGGGGGUUAUACAGCCCACUAGGAUUGACAACAUCGGUGGUUUCCCGAAGACUUUUUCGCCGUACGGAAAGUUGGAUGAUGCGGCACUUCAGUUGUACAAAGAUGGGGAUUAUGGAUCUUACCUUGACCUCGAAGCUUCUAUCAGUGAACAACAAGAAGAGUUUGAGGGUUUUCAAUCAAAUAAGAAGAAUUCGAUCGUUUUAAGGACACAACUGUCGGUUAGAGUGCACACGAUUAUAGAAAAAUUGCUAACUUCCGAAGGUCGCGAACUGCGUCGGGCACUUUUCUCCCUCAAACAGAUCUUCCAAGAAGACAAAGAUCUCGUCCACGAGUUUGUACAAAACGAUGGAUUAUCAUGUCUCAUCAAAGUCGGUUCAGAAGCCGACCAAAACUACCAAAACUACAUUUUGAGGGCAUUGGGACAAGUGAUGUUGUAUGUGGAUGGAAUGAACGGGGUGAUGGAACACAACCAAACCAUCCAAUGGUUGUAUAGUCUCAUUUCGUCCAAGUUUCGACUUGUGGUGAAAACCGCUUUGAAGCUACUUUUGGUUUUUGUUGAGUAUACGGAAUCGAAUUGUAUGCUCCUCAUCAAAGCGAUACAAACGGUUGAUUUUGCACAAGGAGUCUUGCCUUGGCACAACAUCAUGAAACUUCUCAAAGAUUUCGAUUCUGCCGACACUGAACUCUUGAUCUAUGCUACAACUUUGAUCAAUAAAGUCCUCAAUGGAGUGCCUGACCAAGACACUUACUACGACCAAACUGACUCUCUUGAAGAACAAGAAAUCGAAAGAAUCAUCCAAAGAUACAUGUCCAAACCGGGUACCGAUCUCGACUUACUCCAACAAUUCCAAAUUUACGAAGCCGUUCUUCAAUAUGAAGACGGCGAAGAAGGGGGAACCCCAAUCCGACAUUUGGACGAAAGCAUCCGAAAAACCCUCCGCAACCGCAAAUCAGUUUCGGAAGCAAACGAAAGAAGAAAGAGUCGAAGACACUCCACGGGAACCUCCCCACACCCUCACCCUCUCCUAACCCGCAACAACAACAGGUCCCUCCAAAUCAACGUGGAAGAUGACGAAUCUUCAAGCUCCCAGUCUUCAGAAAUCAACAAUUCGCAGCUGAACGGAUGCUACAAGGAUAGUAAUAAAGCGACUGACGCUGGCGUCACUCCCGCUUUGAGGAGGAGAAGGGAACGGGCGGAAAGACAGAGGAGUUUYAUGAGGGAGCAACAGGAGACUGUGGAGUUGCUGAGGGCCGCCUCCCAGAAUGAAGAAGAUGAGAAUGAGAACAAUUUGGGAAACUAUACCAACGCCCUUCAGCAGCGAAUCACCAACCGCAAGGACAUCACCCCUCUAAUGAACGCCGUCAACAAGCUCGACUCUGAAGAGAACCUCACUAAACAACCCUGGAUCCUCUACGACGACUCGCAACCGCCAAUUGACGAAAAYACCGAAAAUGCGAACGAAAACGAGCGAAAUGUUCUCCUGCAAUUGAAACGGGAGAAUACAGUCAAAGACCUGACCCAAAAACUGGCCAAUCAGAACAUCCUCCACAGUCCYUCGGACGAAAAYAAACCGAACCGAAUCGGCGAUAUGACAGGUCUCAUCUCYAAAGCCAAAGAAGGCUUAGCCAAGUCCAAAUCCAAAGCUGACGUCCUCAAAAGUCCAACAUCUGAAUCCCCUCCAAAACUCGAAGUUAAGAAGUCCGAAAAUGAGCUCAGAUGGGAGGARUUAGUUGCGAAUUUGGACCGGCCGUUGAAYCUGUGUGAUAUGGAYUUUACGGACUUGGGGAGCGAUGACGAGGCUGAUGUUUUGGCCCCAGCURCUGUGUUCAAUGGUAUUCCGCCACCUCCUCCUCCUUUGAAGGAGAACGGAGCGCCGCCACCUCCCCCUUUAUCAAAUAAAGGGCCUCCCCCUGUUCCAAAUCCUCCAGUUUUUGGAGUAACUCUCCCUCGUAUGUCCAAACAAUCCGAAACCAAAAUACCAAUCAARAAGAACAAGAAAACGGUMAAACUUUUCUGGAAGGAAGUCCGAGAGGAGCCGAUUUGUACUGUUAAACUCAAGACUGGAUUUAUUUGGGACGAACUGCAACCAGUUUCUGUCGAUACCCAAAAACUGGAACAUUUAUUCGAGUCGAGGGCCAAGGACUUGAUUACCAAGAAACAACAAGAGAUGAAUAAAAAUAAAGAAAUUAUCGUCCUGGACCCCAAACGUUCCAACGCCAUCAACAUCGGAAUGACCAAGUUACCCCCACCRCGWUCCAUCAARACCGCCAUYUUGAAAAUGGACGCCACYAUAAUGAACCGCGAAGGUAUCGAAAAAUUGCUCACAAUGCUGCCGACUGAAGAGGAAAGGUCGAAAAUACAAGAAGCUCAAGCUGCCAAUCCUGAUCUUCCCCUUGGGAGUGCGGAACAGUUCCUUUUAACUUUAGCAUCAAUCUCCGAAUUGCCGGCAAGACUAAAAUUGUGGGCUUUCAAACUUGAUUUCGAAAAUUCCGAACGGGAAAUUGCCGAACCCUUGAUGGAUUUGAAGCAAGGGUUUGAAGUUUUGCGAGUGAACAAGACAUUUAGGGGAAUUUUGAGUACCCUUCUCUCCAUUGGGAAUUUUUUGAACGGGAAUGAAGUAAAAGGGUUCCAAAUUGAUUAUCUUGCCAAAGUACCUGAAGUCAAAGAUACGGUUCACAAGCACUCUUUAUUGCACCAUCUUUGCCAUAUUGUGAUGGAGAAGUUUCCUGACGCGACUGACUUGUAUUCAGAGAUUGGUGCAAUUACACGAGCUUCGAAAAUCGACUUCGACGAACUCGCGUUGAACAUUCAAAGACUUGAGGCCGAUUGCAAAGCCUCCUGGGACCAUUUGAAACUCAUAGCCAAACAUGACGGCUCCACCAUGAUGAAAGUCAAAAUGUCCGACUUUUUAGCCGAUUGUGCCGAAAGAAUUAUUCUUGUUGGAAUCAUACACAGGAGGGUUAUGAACAGAUUUCAUAAAUUUUUACUAUGGUUAGGAAUCCCUCUACACCAAUUGUCUGACACCAAACCCAAUGAAUUCUGUAGAAUCGUUUCCGAAUUUGCCUUAGAAUAUCGAACGACAAGGGAGCGAGUUUUGCAACAGUUGGAAAAGAAAGCCAAUCAUCGGGAACGGAACAAAACGAGAGGGAAAAUGAUCACGGAUGUGAGUAUUCCUAGCCGAGGUGUAUACAUUAUUUUCAUUUCAUUCACUAUUUUGUCUUGACUUACACCAAUCUAA